AUGAGUUUCACUGGCCUUAUGUCCCGUCUGUCGGGCCAGCCCGACAGCUACGACAAGAAAUCGAAAUAUAGAUUUGGGCGCACACUCGGAGCAGGAACCUAUGGAAUUGUUCGAGAAGCCAAUGGCCCAACGGGCAAGGUGGCGAUCAAGAUUAUAUUGAAGAAGAAUGUCAAGGGUAAUGAGAAGAUGGUCUGGGACGAGCUGGAUAUGCUACAGCGUCUCAAGCACCCUCACAUCGUUCGUUUCGUCGACUGGUUCGAGUCCAGGGACAAGUACUACAUUGUUACCGAACUCGCUACGGGCGGAGAGCUGUUCGAUCGUAUCUGCGAGCAGGGCAAGUUCACAGAGAAGGACGCCUCGCAAACCAUCAAGCAGGUCCUUGGAGCCGUGGACUACCUACACCGCAACAAUGUCGUCCACAGAGAUCUCAAGCCAGAGAACCUCCUCUACCUCAGCAAGGAGCCCGAUUCCGACCUCGUCCUCGCCGACUUUGGCAUCGCAAAAAUGCUCGACACUAAGGACGAAGUUCUGACAACAAUGGCCGGUUCAUUUGGAUACGCAGCGCCAGAAGUGAUGCUCAAGAAGGGCCACGGCAAGCCUGUUGAUAUGUGGUCUAUGGGUGUCAUCACAUACACGCUCCUAUGCGGCUACUCACCAUUCCGCUCCGAGAACCUGCAGGACUUGAUCGACGAAUGCAGCAAUGCGUCGGUCGUAUUCCACGACAGAUACUGGAAGGAUGUCAGCGAGGACGCCAAGGAUUUCAUUUUGCACUUGUUACAACCCGAUCCUGAUGAUCGUUCGACCAGUCAGCAAGCAAUGGAGCACACCUGGCUCCGCGGCGAGAGUGCCACCGACCACAACUUGUUGCCAGAGAUCAAGGCUUACAUGGCCAAGGCCAGACUGAAGCGUGGUAUCGAGUUGGUCAAGCUGGCCAACCGUAUCGAGGCACUCAAGAUGCAAGAGGACGACCCCGAGAACCCCGACUUCCCAGACGAUGCGGUCACUGCCGCUAGGGAUUCUCCUAAGGAGACGACGGGCUCGGGCAAGGGUCGACUGACCAAAGCCAUGAAGGGCGCCAUCUUCCGCGAGGUGGUGAUGGCCAAGGUGCGCGAGAUGAAGGAGCAGGAGCAGACGCUGAAGGUCAAGGAAGAGGUCGAAAAGGAGGCCAAGAGAAAAAGUUUCAGUGGUUGA